CUCUUGUUCCGUGUAAUACAUUCUCUCUCUAGUCUCUGUCUCUCUGCUUCUCUCUACAUUUCUGUCACAAUUUUUUUUCAGUUUUCUUUUAACGUUGAUUUUGGUUGAUUUUAAGAAUUCAAUGAAAGAUGGCUGAAGAGUCAUCUAAUUUGUAAUCAUGUUUUAAUUUGUAAUUGGUAUUUGUUCAUAUUGGGGACGAUAGUGAAAAUUCUGAUAAAGUGACAAAGGAUUAGUAGAAUAAUGGGAAAAGUGUCGCCAAAAGAUGGGGAAACAAAAACUCCCAAACAAAAAAGGCGAUUGCGGAACUCCAGCAAUAGGUAUCUUAAACCUGGUGCACUAGCUCAGCUUCGUUACAAUAGGGCCUCAACUGCCAAGCCAUGUACUGAUUUGGGAAAAAAAAGAGUUGCUGUUUUUGAUUCCAAGAAGGUAGAGAAUGAGGACCACAGAAUUGAAAACAGGGGUUUUGAUAAAAGCCCUAUGAUGUUAUCUCCUGUGGACUUGCGUAAGCAGAAUCAUUUGAUGGGGACACCAAAGACACCUAGAGAUGAAGACUGCGAAUCAGAGUCAAGGCUUGAGGCUCUUCCAAUGGAUUUGCUGGUCAAAAUACUUUGCCACUUGCAUCAUGACCAACUGAAGGCAGUCUUUCAUGUGUCUAAAAGAGUCAGAAAAGCUGUUGUGGUUGCAAGGCAAUUAUACUUCAAUUACACCACACCUGAUCGCUCUCGGCAGGAGAUGUUGAGAACUCUAACCCCACGGCCAACUGAGCACUGGCCUUUUGUGACCAAGGGUGAAGGAAGGGGUGUUAUAAUGCGAAGUCCACAUACCCCAAAAGCACCCAGGCAUGGUCCCCGGCCACCUUCUCGUAUGAAAAUCACUGAAAUGAGACAAAUUGCCGCUGUUCUCUUCCAAGAUUCAGCAUUUUCUUCAAGAUGCAUGGUACCAUCUGUUCUGUCAAAGCCCCUUUGCAAAUCUUUGGCUUCUAAUCGAGUUCUAUUCUAUGAAGAUGAGUUAUGCCAAGCUGUUGCUCAGAACAAGCUUCGUUGAUCACAUUUCAUGGCAACCUUCUCAUUGCCCCUCCAUGUGUAUAUAGUUUUGUUUUCUGCUUCUAUAGUUUGGGUCGUGGUUAGAGUAGGGUGUAUGCAAUUUUGUAGCUUUUGCUGGGCAGUUCUAGGUCAUAUGGAACUUGAGAUCUGCAUUAGGAGUUGAAAGAUUUAGAUGAUGGUUGUCAGAAUAAUAUAUUCGAAACUGGUUACUUGUAAAUUCUCAAUAUAUGCUUGAAAGAAUGGCUUGUUUUCUUCUCAAUGGUCUGGGGGUACUAGUAUUUCUACCACUCCCUAGUAAUUCCAUAGUAUUACUAUUUCUAUGUGCUAAAACGUUUUUAAUAUAAGAGGGAUAUGUAACUGGUUUUG